GCCCGGGAAGGAGCCGCCCCUUCCUGUCCCCUUUGUGUUCGCAGCAGCGGAGCCAUGGCCGGGGCCGGGAGCGCAGCGCGGAGGCUGCUGCAGCCCCGCAGCCCGCGGAGCAGCGCGAUGGCACCAGAAGAGUGUCUGGCCCCUCUGCGAAAAGAGAGAGAAGUAGCCGAAGCCGAGGAGAAGCGGCAAAGUGAGGAGCUGCUGAAACAGAUGGAAGUCGAGAGGCAGAAGAUCGUCUGGGAAUGGAAGGAGCUGCAGGGGUUUCUGGAGGAGCAGGAGCAGCUGCUGCUGUCCCAGUUGGAAGAGCUAGAGAGAGCCAUUGUCCAGAGAAGGGAUCAGGGCCUCUGCAAACUUUCCAGAGAGAUUUCUGUGGUCAGUGAGAGAGGAAGAGAGAAGGGGCAGCAGCCGCUGAGCCAAUCCCUGCAGGAAGUACCAAGAAGUAACAACAACAAUAACACAAGUAUAUGUUGGGAGGGUGCUGGAAGCACUGGGAGCAGCAGGGAGGACAGGAAGUUUCAGAAGCCAGAGCCGGGGUUUGUGGAGCUGGAGAAGAGGCUCUGCGAUUUCUCUCUGAAAAGUGCCAUCCUGCAAGAGGUGCUGCAGGGAUUCAAAGAGACUCUGCGACUGGAGCUGGGGAGUGACACAGGCUGCAGAACAACAUCCACGUUUCACUCCAGAUGGGCCCAGCCUCCCAGGGGAUGUGGAAGGGAAAUGGCUGCUGUGGAGCUGGCUCAGGGUCUGGUGACCUUCGAGGAGGUGGCUGUGUACUUCACCAGAGAAGAGUGGGCUCUGCUGGACCCUGCUCAGAGAGACCUCUACUGGGAUGUCAUGCAGGAGAACUAUGAGACGGUGACCACGCUGGGGUUACCAGUUUCCAAACCUGAGGUGAUGUCCCAGCUGGAACGAGGGGAAGAGCUGUGGGUCUCAGAUCUCCAGGGCUCUGAGGAAAGAGAGCUUCUGAGAGAAACCUGCACAGGAGCUGGUGGGAUGGUGAGUGAGAACGGGGAGCAGAAUCCACAGCAGGAAGAUGCUGAACAUGUGGAACCGUGCUGGGAAGUAUCACAAAGAACGAAAGGGGAUGUGUCCAGGAGUCACGAGAAGAGGCAGCAGGGAAACCAACCAGGAGAGGAAAUGGGCAAAUCCAUCAAUUGUGAGGAAAAUCACAAGGACCUCCAGGAAACCACAGCCCAGCAGAGAAUCCUCAUGGGAAAGAGGAAACACAUUUGCCCUGAGUGCGGGAGAAACUUCAGUAGACGCUCACACCUCAUUCACCAUGAGCGAAUCCACACGGGAGAGAGACCCUAUGAAUGCUGUGAGUGUGGGAAAAACUUCACUCGGCGCUCGGACCUUAUUAGACACCAGAAAACCCACACAGACGAGAGCCCCUAUGAAUGUUGUGAGUGUGGAAAAGCCUUCAUUUACUGCUCAGACCUGAGGAGACAUCAGAGGAUCCACAGGAGACAGAGACCCUAUGAAUGCUGGUUACCAGUUUCCAAAUCUGAGGUGAUGUCCCAGCUGGAACGAGGGGAAGAGCUGUGGGUCUCAGAUCUCCAGGGGUCUGAGGAAAGCGAGAUCCUGAGAGGAACCUUCCCAGGCGCUGGUGGGAUGGUGAGUGAGAACGGGGAGCAGAAUCCACAGCAGGAAGAUGCUGAACAUGUGGAACCGUGCUGGGAAGUAUCACAAAGAACGAAAGGGGACGUGUCCAGGAGUCACGAGAAGAGGCAGCAGGGAAACCAGCCAGGAGAGAAAAUGGGCAAAUCCAUCAAUUGUGAGGAAAAUCACAAGGACCUCCAGGAAACCACAGCCCAGCAGAGAAUCCUCAUGGGAGUGAGGAAAUACAUAUGCCCUGAGUGUGGGAGAAACUUCAGUAGACGCUCACACCUCAUUCACCAUGAGCGAAUCCACACGGGAGAGAGACCCUAUGAAUGCUGUGAGUGUGGGAAAAACUUCACUCGGCGCUCGGACCUUAUUAGACACCAGAAAACCCACACAGACGAGAGCCCCUAUGAAUGUUGUGAGUGCGGGAAAAGCUUCAUUUACUGCUCAGACCUGAGGAGACAUCAGAGGAUCCACAGUAAACAGAGACCCUAUGAAUGCUGGUUACCAGUAUCCAAACCUGAAGUGAUGUCCCAGCUGGAACAAGGGGAAAAGCUGUGGGUCUCAGAUCUCCAGGGCUCUGAGGAAAGCGAGAUCCUGAGAGGAACCUGUCCUGGCGCUGGUGGGAUGGUGAGUGAGAACGGGGAGCAGAAUCCACAGCAGGACGAUGCUGAACAUGUGGAACCGUGCUGGGAAGUAUCACAAAGAACGAAAGGGGACGUGUCCAGGAGUCACGAGAAGAGGCAGCAGGGAAACCAGCCAGGAGAGAAAAUGGACAAAUCCAUCAAUUGUGAGGAAAAUCACAAGGACCUCCAGGAAACCACAGCCCAGCAGAGAAUCCUCAUGGGAGAGAGGAAACACAUUUGCCCUGAGUGCGGGAGAAACUUCAGUAGACGCUCACACCUCAUUCACCAUGAGCGAAUCCACACGGGAGAGAGACCCUAUGAAUGCUGUGAGUGUGGGAAAAACUUCACUCGGCGCUCGGACCUUAUUAGACACCAGAAAACCCACACAUGCGAAAGCCCCUAUGAAUGUUGUGAGUGUGGGAAAGCCUUCAUUUACUGCUCAGACCUGAGGAGACAUCAGAGGAUCCAUACAGGACAGAGACCCUAUGAAUGCUGGAUACCAGUUUCCAAACCUGAGGUUAUGGCCCAGCUGGAACGAGGGGAAGAGCUGUGGGUCUCAGAUCUCCAGGGGUCUGAGGAAAGCGAGAUCCUGAGAGGAACCUUCCCAGGCGCUGGUGGGAUGGUGAGUGAGAACGGGGAGCAGAAUCCACAGCAGGACGAUGCUGAACAUGUGGAACCGUGCUGGGAAGUAUCACAAAGAACGAAAGGGGAUGUGUCCAGGAGUCACGAGAAGAGGCAGCAGGGAAACCAGCCAGGAGAGAAAAUGGGCAAAUCCAUCAAUUGUGAGGAAAAUCACAAGGACCUCCAGGAAACCACAGCCCAGCAGAGAAUCCUCAUGGGAGAGAGGAAACACAUUUGCCCUGAGUGCGGGAAAAACUUCAGAAGUCGCUCACACCUUAUUAACCAUGAGCGAAUCCACACAGGAGAGAGACCCUAUAAAUGCUGUGAGUGUGGGAAAAACUUCAUUCGACGCUCACACCUUAUUAGACACCAGAGGAUCCACACCGGUGAGCGACCCUAUGAAUGUUUUGAGUGCAGGAAAACCUUCAUUUACUGCUCAGACCUUAGAAGACAUCAGAGGAUCCACACAGGACAGAGACCUUAUGCAUGCUGUGAGUGCGGGAAAAGCUUCCAUCAGGGGUCACACCUUAUUUAUCAUCAGAGAAUCCACCAGGGAGAUAAACAUCAUAAAAUCCUUGUCUAGGGCUGGCAAAACAUACAUUUUUUCUUUAAUAUUUUUGGUACUUCCCACACGUGGCCUUUAAGGCUGUUUGUGCCAUUUACGUCACUGUGGUCUCAGCUCCCCCAGGUGAGUUGUGUGGUUCUGCUUUUUGCAGCUACCCCUUGUGGGGUGAAUCCCCAAGGACCCUUUCUGCCAGCUGCUUUGUUCUGAGUCAUGGGAGUAUGAGUCCAUCUUACUAGGAAUGUGCAUCAGGCCCAGGGGAGGGAAACACAAAAGACCUCAGUUAGCUGCAUUAUGUUAAAAUCUACCGGGGCCUUGUCUCCAUUAGCACUUUUUGUAGUUAACCAGCAUGAGUGAGCUAUCCAGAUGGAAAACCACAACUCUGUUUUCUGUACUAACAUGGCCCAAGUACAAUAGUGUGGGUUAGCUAGCACUUUCCCCCUCAACCUGUCCUAAUCUCCUUCACUUUUCCUAGUCUAGAGAAACCAUUAUCAUGAUGGUAAAGCUUUUGUAAAAUAACACAACUCAGUAACGAGACAGUGCCGAGUGAAUCAGGUUUCAGUGGAUCAGAGGAGAAUGCAACGGGAAAAUCGGUGGUUCUCAUUCUGAGUCAUCAGAUGUAACCUGCUCUAGAAUUUCAUUCCAUCUGAAAUUGAAAAUGUCUUAUACCUCUGUGAGCAGGGUCGGAUUUCCAACUACGCACACCAGGCAGGUUGCCAAGUAUGUGAUUUUCUAGCCCAAAUGGGCUAUUUUUAGCUGUCAGUUGCCAGGGUUUUUAGCAGUUGCAAGUUGCAGUAUUUUGGGCUAUUUUGCUGCCCUGCUGCCACUGGCUACACUGCUCAGGAGGGAGGGAGCCUCCUGAUCCGUCCUGUUCCUUGCCGAGAUGCCCCACACACUGCUUGUCUCACGUCGUGCCACCUCCCCUUGGGUGACAUUUGCAGCAUGUGCAGCAUUCUUGUCCGAGGGAGAAAAUUUUUUUUCUGCACAAAUGUGCUGCAGUUCUGCCUUUCGCCCACCAGGGGCCACAGUGGUGCCAGAACAGCCUGAGCUGGCUGCGGCUGACUGGUCGGGCUGGUGGCGGCAAAGAGCCGGCAGGCGGGUGGGGGGGUUAUCCGGGCAGCCGCCUUCUUGGAGCCAGGUUAGGAGGCAGAGCUGGCCACACAGGGCUGCUGGGGGGGGGGUGUCACAGGACCCCAUGGGGCCGCUUAAGAUGCUGUCCCAAGGGGCACAAAAGGUGUAAAUCUGGCCCUGGUUUUUCUCUCUUUCCUGAAGGCGGUUUGGUCACACAACUGGAUAUUACUUUUCUGUGGCAGAAUGCAGUUCAGAUUUAUUGGGGACAUUGAGGCAAAUGACCAGUUGCUUCAAUAGUCAUUUCUUCCUUUUUUUUUUCCUCCACCCUUCCAUGAUGACAUGGGGAAAGUUCAUAGAAUCAUAGAAUAUAAGGGUUGGAAGGGACCCCUGAAGGUCAUCUAGUCCAACCCCCUGCUCGAAGCAGGACCAAAUCCCAGUUAAAUCAUCCCAGCCAGGGCUUUGUCAAGCCUGACCUUAAAAACCUCUAAGGAAGGAGAUUCUACCACCUCCCUAGGUAACGCAUUCCAGUGUUUCACCACCCUCUUAGUGAAAAAGUUUUUCCUAAUAUCCAAUCUAAACCUCCCCCACUGCAACUUGAGACCAUUACUCCUCGUUCUGUCAUCUGCUACCAUUGAGAACAGUCUAGAGCCAUCCUCUUUGGAACCCCCUUUCAGGUAGUUGAAAGCAGCUAUCAAAUCCCCCCUCAUUCUUCUCUUCUGCAGGCUAAACAAUCCCAGCUCCCUCAGCCUCUCCUCAUAAGUCAUGUGUUCUAGACCCCUAAUCAUUUUUGUUGCCCUUUGCUGGACUCUCUCCAAUUUAUCCACAUCCUUCUUGUAGUGUGGGGCCCAAAACCGGACACAGUACUCCAGAUGAGGCCUCACCAAUGUCGAAUAGAGGGGAACGAUCACGUCCCUCGAUCUGCUCGCUAUGCCCCUACUUAUACAUCCCAAAAUGCCAUUGGCCUUCUUGGCAACAAGGGCACACUGCUGACUCAUAUCUAGCUUCUCGUCCACUGUCACCCCUAGGUCCUUUUCCGCAGAAACAAACGCAGCUCAGUCAACAGGAGCGAAUACUCCCAGUUCUGGGAUACGCUACCAAGGAAACGGGAGUGGUUUGAAAUCUCCAGUGGCGAACAACAGCACACCCCAAACUCUGCAACUAACUGGGUAUCAUCGCAGCGUUGUUCAAUUAUUUAAGUCAGUAUUAUCUCAGAUAAUGCAAGGAGAGAGUGCCACAGUAAGGGACUUGGAACUAGGCAAAAUGCCCAUGAAUUUGAUUCCCAACACAGGAAGUUACUCCUGAAGAUAUCUCCUAGCUAAUCCUAAUAUUUGGGAAAUACUGCCUUUAGCUAUGCAGAUGUGGAGGAAAUAGAAUUGAUGUUUUUGUUGAAUUCACCCUUUGUAAUGCUGCAAAUGUGUAUAAAAUGAAAUCGAUGUUGAAUGUGAGACAGCUGAAGAAAAAUAACUCUUUUUGAAUAGAAACCAGCCUCUUGUACCAUCCAAUGAUUCUCACCAAGCCUAUAUCUAGUUUCUAAUUUAGACCUGUGCUAUCAGAUUAAAGAAGUAAACUGGGCAUGUUUGAGGAAGUCAUUCCUCACUAGCACAGCUGAGAUUUCAGGUGGGUUGGUAAAGGAUUCUUCUCCAGAGAAAUGUAAAUUUGUCCUCCUCAAGACCAAGGACUUGGCAGGAACUCAGAAACCACAGGCACCUAAUUGCUGGUUUUCAGCACAGAGAUGAAAGCUAUGGUGAGCUAUGGUCCAGCAGAAAUGUGUUUAGAACACAAUUUCCUAGUUCCGUGGCAUUGAUUAGAGUCCCAACAGAUGCCAGUUAGUUUGAGAACAAUUGUCCUUUACCAUAUGAAUCCAGAGUUUUAUGAGGCAAAGAAAAAGAGUUGAUGCCUUUGGAGGACAUUCCCUCCUCAGCAGGGCCGGUGCAACCACUAGGUGAACUAGGCGGUCGCCUAGGGCGCCAAGUGGUUGGGGGCAGCUCAAAGCGCACUCCGGGGAGGCGGUGGAGCGGAGGUGAGCUGGGGCAGAGGGGCGCAGGGAGGGCCGCCUGCAGUAAGUAAUGGGGGGAGGGUGGCGCACAUGGGAACCGCUCCCCGACCCAGCUCACCUCUGCUCCGCCUCCUCCUCUGAGCGCACUGCCCUUCUCUGCUUCUCUCCCUCCCCGGCUUGCGCGCCAAACAGCUGAUUGGCGCCGCAAGCCUGGGAGGCGGGAGAAGCGGCGGCGUGCUCGGGGAGGAGGCGGAGCAGAAGUGAGUUGGGAUGGGGAGUUGCCGCACGGCUCCCCGCGCUGAGGGGAAUUGCUGAACGGUUCCCC